AUGGCUGACAGAGCCAAGCUGAGACAACUCGACUUUGGGGCUGCUCCUCCAAGUCGGAGGAGCAAGCGAGUCUACAGAGAGAUCGACAACAGGAUCCUGAGGCUCAAUGACACACUGAGUCGCGGCGAGAAAACUCCUCUUCAGUUCCUAGAUGCGGUGGCCAACCUCAUAAAACUUGGUUUGUUGGAAAAUGCCUCGGCUGGAACUAGAGAACAAAUGGAAGAGAACGACAGCACUCGAGUGUUUGAUAAGCCAAUGCCUGUCAUCACCUGCAUAACGCCUACGUACUAUCGCGGUUUGUUGGAAAAUGCCUCGGCUGGAACUAGAGAACAAAUGGAAGAGAACGACAGCACUCGAGUGUUUGAUAAGCCAAUGCCUGUCAUCUACGCCAUAACGCCUACGUACUAUCGCGGUGUGCAGAAAGCUGAAUUGACCAGGUUGUCGCAGACUUUUCUUCACUUGCCAAGUUUUCAUUGGAUAGUGAUAGAAGAUUCAUCAUUAAAAACAAAACUGGUCACCAACGUCUUGAGCCAGUCUGGGGUUAUCUACACACACUUAAACUUUCUCACAGAACGGAGAGAUAGCAAGAGGUUAAAAACUAAAGGUGUAUCACAGAGAAAUGUGGGGUUGUCAUGGUUACGAAAACCCAGGAUCCUGAAAUACAGCCUGGUGUUGUGUAUUUUGCUGAUGAUGACAAUACGUAUGAUCUGGAAGAUAUUUGCACAGAUGCGAGAAACGAAACAGGUCUCUGUGUGGCCCGUUGGUUUUGCUGGGGGUCUCAGAUUUGAAAGACCUAUUGUCAAAAAUGGAAAGGUGACUGGUUGGUUUGCGCACUGGGAGCCGGAUCGACCGUUUGCUAUUGACAUGGCUGGAUUUGCUGUCAACCUCCAACUUUUCUACAAGCACCCAGAGUUGAAGUUCUCCAACAAUACGCUGCCAGGUUUUCUGGAAUCCACUUUCGUCUCAGACACAAAGGUCUCUUUGGACGAUCUGGAACCUCUUGCUGAUAACUGCACAAAGGUUCUGGUUUGGCACACGAGAACUGAGAGUCCCGAUCUGACAGGUGAACGCCAGAAAAAAAGAAAACUUGGCCAUGGAUCUGAUCCUAAUGUUGAAGUAUGAGAAAUAUUGUGUUCCUUAUGAUGUUAUAUUGUCAGUAUAUACGCUGCAUGUUCCAUGUAGAACUCCGAUCACAACAAACAUUUAUAUACUAAUAAAGAGUUAAAGAACAUUCUUUUCAUGAUAUGAGUAACUAUAGUCAUGUUUUACUUCUGUUGGGCAAUACAGAUCAUAUUCAUUACACAUCAGAUAUUGCAU